AACCGUGCUUGCCGUGGACAGCGCUGUGACAGCGGUUCCUCGUGGAUGGUCAGCCCGUCUGUCUGUCUCCGGGGCUGGGUUUGUCUUUUAUCCGAGAAGAGAGACAGAGGAGGAAAAAAGAAAAAGAUAGUUUAAAGCAUGACGGGACAAAGACACACUGAGUGAACACUGACAAAUAAUGAUUUAAAAAACUCUUCACAACGUUAACCACCAUGGCUAUAAGGGAGCUCAAAGUUUGCCUUUUAGGGGACACUGGAGUUGGAAAAUCCAGCAUUGUUUGCCGGUUCGUUCAGGAUCAUUUCGACCACAAUAUAAGUCCCACAAUAGGAGCAUCAUUCCUCACCAAGACAGUGCCAUGUGGAAAUGAACUGCACAAAUUUCUGAUCUGGGAUACGGCCGGACAGGAAAGGUUUCACUCAUUAGCUCCUAUGUACUACAGAGGAUCGGCUGCUGCUGUCAUUGUCUAUGACAUUACUAAACUGGACUCUUUUCAGACACUGAAGAAGUGGGUGAAGGAGCUGAAAGAACACGGUCCAGAGGACAUUGUUGUAGCCAUAGCAGGGAACAAGAAUGAUUUAGGAGACAUCAGGGAAGUUCCUAUGAAGGAAGCUAAGGAGUUUGCUGAAUCAAUUGCAGCUAUUUUCAUCGAGACUAGUGCCAGAAAUGCUGUCAACGUUGAGGAGCUCUUCCAGAAAAUCAGUAAACAGAUUCCACCCCUGGAAAACAUUGAGGUGGAGAGCAACGAGUCCUUUAAACUCACCAGGCAGCCUGCUCCGUCCACCAGGAGGUGCUGCUAGUACCGACGGUGGCUGAUGAGAUUACUUCCUCCAGCACUACGGACUCCACCAGCACAGCACAGUAUAUAGUCCACAAUGCACACAGUGUCUUUACUCAACCCGGGAAAGACAAAAACCAGUGGACAGACAGACAGACGGAGGUCAGCUUGCACAUGUGGUCAGCUGCAGCAUGAAACAGAAAAAGUAUUACGUAUGUGUCUUUGCACAUUUCUUUCAUUUAAUUGUAGCAGUUUUGUCUGUGAUGAGGCCGGGAAGCAGAAAGACUUCAGUUUGUCCCCCUCAGGUGGAGUUUUACCUGAAUUACAUAAAGAUUUCUGUCUGGGUGGUGUGCUACAUCAUUACAAAGAGACAACUUUACCCCAUUUUUAGACUUUAGUACAAAUUAAUAGGUCAUACGUGCUUUUUAAAGCCGGGUUCAUCGCUGUUGAUGCAACUACAUUUUCAUUUACGAGAGUCACCUGCUCUGUAGAUCUUCAUCGCACUGUGCCUCUUCAGUCGCACACGUUAAAAUGAAUUUUUUUCAAGGCUACACUUUAUCUAUCGUGGAGCUUUUAAUGUACGUGUAUGUAUCAUCUCUUGUAUGGGAUUUAAUUAGAAUAUUUGAAUGAGAGGUUGUCGAGAUUAAAACUUUUAAAGACGAGCACUCGGGUUCUGUAGCUCAGACGCAGCGGCUUUACAUUCCACCUCGUCAUGUGUUUGCGCACACACACACACACACACACACAUUUUGCUGUAUAAACAAUAACGCUGCAGAAUAAACAGCUUAGAGGCCUAAAUCGUAAAGAAAACAAUUACAGUAUGACACCCCCUGUUGAAACACUGUGACCAAUACUAGGAUUGUUUACAUAGUGAUUUGUUAAAGAUGUUUUCUACAUGCUGAAAUGUAUUGUCUGAGAUUUCACUACAGGGAAUGUUAUACGACUGCCAAAACAUGUGUUUGUUUUCCAUGUGUGUUAAAACCUGCAUGCGUUUUUAAAAAAAAAAAAUUAACUUUCAUAAGAGUUUUAUAUACCAACCAAACUCUUUAACGAACCAAUCAAGUUUAACUUGCAGAACAAGUGGAAGAAGAGUCACAAUGAGAAUCGUCCUUAGCCCUGUGUAGACCGAGAGUUUGAUGCCCUCGAUUAAGACCACUUGAUAAGUGUAUUAGUACUUUUGCGGUAUUAAUUUGGAGUUACUUUUGUAUUCAAACAUUUCUCCUUAACAGGUAAAACAUUGACAUCAGUGUUGACUAUGUAACAGUAUUUCUGGUUCUACAUUUCCACACAUGUUUACAUUUGUACUUAAGUUUGUUUGUACAAGUUAAAAACGUAUGACGAGGUAACACAGUCCUGGUCUCAGUGCGUCCCUUUAAUGGAAAAUCAAACCAGACUAGGCUAAUUAUUGUGGCUUCGUUUCCCGGCGUGUUCCCAAGUUUCCAUGGGAAAAAUAUCGUGUCGUCAUAUAAUCACCGAGGAUAUUUCACUUUAAGAAAAAUAAACAUGCCGGGCAUGUGACGACACUCUUCCAGUAAAAUGUUAAAAACGGUGAUCAGCUGAAACUGAAUUAGGAGCUGCUCCGUGGCCCAGAUUUAUAGUUAGUGUCAAAUUUACCAGCAGAUCGAUGAAAAGGUUUUUUAAUUUUUUUUUACGCAGUUUGGCUCGAUAUUACCUCCAUAUGAGAGAAAAUGAACACACUGAGUAAAGAAAUGUUAUCAGAAUUUAAAUGUUGACAUUGUAAAGAGAUUUCCAGAUAGUAUUAUGAGUCGCCACACAAGUGCCUUUUUAAUGUUUCUCUAAAGAAAUGACUGAGAAGUACAUACUGUUAGAAUAAUGCAUGAAAUACGUGAUGACUAAAUCAGUGCAGACUAACGGUGUACUUUGAAACUGCAGCCAUCCUUAUCCUGAGUCAUGCUUCCCUGUAUUAACUUUUGUAUAUUAAUCAAUGUAAUAAAGUAGUGAUUCCUCUA